CGACGACCGUCGUGUAUGUGUGUAAUGUAAUCAUCAUUGCUUUCCAGUUUUCAUCGAUUUCCACGAGUACGCCGUUCGCGAGAUUUUACGCCUUCGAAAUUGUCGUAGAGAAAAAAAAAAAACGUGAAUAAUUGUCGUUUAGUGUUCGGUUGGAGAUUCAACCUCGCGCCGGCCAAACCGCGCGUUCCACUCGAAUAUUAUUAUCAUUAACAACACUGCCGACUACCUGUCGUAGCCGCCGCCGCCGCCGCCGCAGUCGAUUAUCCUCAGUGUUUAACGUAGCUACGACGCGCGAUAUUAGCAAGGCGCAACACACACACACACACACACGGCGAAGGACAUAGACCGGACCGACCCGGUUGCCAGUGGUUUUUUUUUCACAUGUCCGUCCGACGGGUUUUGCUCAGCCAAAGCGUAGUCGACCGUGCGUUUCGCCACAGUAAACGUGUAUUAUCUCGGUUUUUAUUGGAACAAUAAUUUUCAAUUAUCCCGCCGACAAAGACGGAUCACCCCGAGCCCGCCCGCGCCCUUUUUAAAGAAAAAACGAUGACUCCGACAACGUCGAAUUAAUUAAACGACGUGAUUGCAGUGUCAUAUCAUAACAUUCUAGCAGUGUCAUAUUAUUCAAGUUUACCCCACGUCUCCGGGUCGAGUGCACAAUCAAAGUAAUGUACACUAAAGGAAAGGGCGCGACCGUGCCCUCCGAUGCUCAGGCUAGAGAAAAAUUAGCAUUGUAUGUUUAUGAAUACUUACUACAUAUCGGCGCCCAAAAAGCAGCUCAGACGUUUUUAAAUGAAAUUAGAUGGGAAAAAAACAUUACAUUAGGCGAACCUCCAGGAUUUUUGCAUUCUUGGUGGUGUGUGUUCUGGGAUUUAUACUGUGCUGCUCCGGAACGACGUGAUACUUGUGAACAUUCAAGUGAGGCUAAAGCUUUCCACGAUUAUGGCUUUGUGAAUUCAGGUUAUGGAGUGAAUGGUAUAGCUCAUAACUCUGGACCUUCGCCUAGUCCUCUUGGACAAAUUCCACCUAAUGAUGGAAUGCCUGGUGGACCACUACCAGGUGGAUUUUUCCCGAACGCCUCCAUGAGACCAUCUCCUCCUCAACAAUCUCAAGCUCCCUCGCAGAUUUUAUCUAACCAGCCCUUCAUGGGUCCUCGUUAUCCUGGGGGCCCAAGACCAGGAAUUCGUAUGUCCCCUCUUGGAAAUGAGUUUUCUUCACCGACUGGCCAACCAAUGAUGCCCGGUAUGGAUCCAUUACGACAAGGUGAAGCCGGAGAUUUUUUAGGUUGGCAAGGAGCAGGUGGCAUGGGCCCAAUGAAUCCACGGAUGAAUCCUCCUCGAAGUAUGGGUCCGUUGGGAUCGUACGGAGGCCCCAGCAUGCGCGGUCCUCCGCCUAACGCUACUUUGGGGCCGAGCAGCAUACCGCCAUUAUCUAUGGGAGGUGGACCUAGUGGAAGACCACCACACUGGCAGCCGAAUGUAAAUACUCCUAUGGGUUAUUCGUCAUCGUCGUCUCCUGGUGCAUACGGGGGACCUUCUGGAUCAGGCGGCCCUCCCGGACCUGGCACCCCCAUAAUGCAAAGUCCUCAAGAUUCUUCCAACUCUGGAGGUGAGAAUAUGUACACUAUGAUGAAACCAGUUACCGGAGGGAGCAUGCCUGGUGAUUUUCCAAUGAACAACGCUCCCGACAAUGGACCGCUGGGACCGAUGGGUCCGAACACAAUGAAUUCUGUUUUGAACGGCGAUGGACUUGACGGCAUGAAGAAUUCUCCUGCGCCGCCUGGAACGCCGAGGGAGGACAGUGGCAGCGGCAUGGGUGACUACAAUCUCGGGGGUUUCGGUGGAACUGGAGAAAACGUCAUCGGCCUGGACCUGUAUUAGGCGUGCAAGACCAACAAUUUUUAAACAUAGCAAUUAUGGUUUGACUACGACACAUUGUUUUUUUGUAAAAGACCGUUCGUGCACAUAAUUGAUGCAUACAAAAAAUUCCCAUUCAUAUAUUUUAAAUUUAGUCUAUUUUUUUUUUUUUACUGUUUGUAGUGUUAAAAAAAAAAAUUCAGUUACAAUUAAAAAAACGGUUAUUCAAAAAUUACUCUUAAUAGUUUUCAUAUGAUCUAACGGCGCAUCAUAUUCCAGUUUUUUUUUUCUUCAAAAUUUAAAACAAAUAAUACAAAUAUAUAUUUAUGUAAUUUUGUUUGUUCCAAGUGUGUCGUUGUUAUAUUUAUCGAAUAUUCCUUAAACUUUUGCCGUUUCACAACUGCGAAAGCCGAACGCAAACCAUUAUCGUUUUUUCUUUGUCAUAAUAAAUAACCCUAUACAUUUGAUGUUUAUGGUCUAUUAACGAUAAAACUAGAGAUGGUAUUUUUGUUGUAUAUCUGAUAAACGGCAUUAACCGAUUAACCUAAACUAUUUGGUUCUCAUUCAAUGGCAAAAAUAGUGCAGGGCUUAGUUGUGCUGCUGGGAUCCUAUAAAUUGGUAGGUCCAUUUUACUUUCCAUUUAUUUGAGUAAUAUAAAAAAAAAACCUGUAAUUUAAUAUGAAACUUUAAGUACCAGGGGUCACCAACCCCCUCUUGUGUUAAAAACAAUAUGUUAACUUCUCUAAAACACCCAAAGGAAUUUCAAAGCCAUCCACAAAUUUGUAUUAAACAUUUUAUGUAAAAGUGUUUUCAUUUUCAGACAAGGUAAUUACAUCCGACUGUCGUUGGUUUUUAAUUUCGAUUUUAGAAGAAAUUACCAUUAAAUACACCAAUGUUUAUGUAUUAUUGUUUUGCGUCUCUAGUUACAAUUAUUUUUAUAAGGCCACACAAAAAUGUAAUCUGUUGAGUAUCGUUAUAAUAUAUAUAUAUAUAU